CAAAAAAUCUCCUUCCUCUACACUUGCCGGAAGUAAUUGGAGGGGAAAAAAAACAACUCUGUCCUCUCUGAGCCUUCAAGGUGGGGAGAGCAAGGAAUAGCCCAAGGGCAGAGUAACUGAUAAAAGCCUCCCUGGAGGACUUCUGUCCCCAUCCCUCUCCCUGUCGCUAUCCAGCUCCUCCCCUCAGCACUCCCCGAGCUCCUCAGCAGCCGGCACCCGACACAGAUUAACCAGAGCUCUCCAGCGACGGUGCCGCACCGGGACUGCUCCCGCUCCUCGCCUCGGGGAUUCUGCAACGCGCGGGGACAGCAGAUUCCCUCCAGCCUGCGGCAGCGACAGACACAGCUCUGCCAACACCACAUGGCCACUGCGGGAAAAGUUAUCCGGUGCAGGGCUGCUGUUGCCUGGGCCCCAGGCAAGCCACUCUCUGUUGAGGAGGUGGAAGUUGCACCUCCAAAGGCAGGGGAAGUCCGAAUCAAGAUGGUGGCCACAGGCAUCUGUCACUCAGAUGAUCACGUUUUGAAAGGUGCCCUGCCUAACAUAGAAUUCCCAGUUAUACCAGGCCACGAAGGAGCUGGGAUUGUGGAAAGCAUUGGAGAAGGAGUGACCUCUGUGAAACCAGGAGACAAAGUCAUCCCCCUUGCCCUCCCACAGUGUGGCGAAUGCAGCUUCUGCAGGAAUCCUGAAUCCAACUACUGCCAGAAGUUCCAUUUCUCUGGACCUCAAAACCUGCUGCCAGACAAGACCAGCAGAUUCACUUGCAAAGGGAAACAGAUCAACCACUUCCUGUGGGUCAGCACCUUUGCAGAAUACUCUGUGGUCCCAGAGUAUGCCGUUGCCAAGAUAGAUGCUGCGGCACCUCUGGACAAAGUCUGCUUGUUUGGCUGUGGGUUUUCCACAGGCUAUGGGGCUGCCAUCAACACAGCCAAGGUGAAAGCAGGCUCCACCUGUGCCGUCUUCGGCCUCGGAGGAGUUGGCCUCUCUGUUGUCAUGGGCUGCAAGGCAGCUGGAGCUGCCCGCAUCAUUGCCGUGGACAUCAACAAGGACAAGUUUGCCAAGGCCAGGGAGCUGGGAGCCACUGACUGCAUCAACCCUCGAGACUUCAAGAAGCCCAUCCAGGAGGUGAUCACUGAGAUGACUGGGCAGGGCGUGGACUACUCCUUUGAGGCCAUCGGGCAUGUGGACACCAUGAUUGCUGCCUUGGCUUCCUGCAAUAUGAACACUGGCGUCUGUGUCAUGAUUGGGGUAACGGAUUCAGAGAUUUCCAUCAAUCCCACGCUUCUGCUGACUGGCCGCACCUGGAAGGGGACAAUGUUUGGAGGCUGGAAGCCAAGAGACUCCAUCCCCAAAUUAAUUUCCAGCUAUUUGGAGAAGAAAUUCAAUUCAGACUUGCUGAUCACACACACGCUGCCAUUCGCUAAAGUGAACGAGGGAUUUGAAUUGUUACGUGCAGGAAAAAGUAUCCGCAGUAUCCUGCUCUUCUGAAGGACUCAACCAGGGAAGCUGAGCAGAGGGACCUGCACACAGAUACUCCUGGGCUUUCCUGCACUUUCCUGCACUUUUCUCAAGCAGCACCUCACCUUUGGGGCACAAGGAGAGGACAAUGAGGAUCUCACCUGUGCUGCUGUCACUGCUGUCCUGUGCUGAACAAGAUCCAGAAGGAUGUCUCUCCAAAGGAAUUGCUUUUACUAAUAAAGGUUUUUAAACAAACUUGUCCAACACAGUGCACUCAAUCAACAGAGAGUCCAGGGCUCUGGGACAAUUGGUUGAUGGAUCAGAAACACAGCUCAUGAUUUCCUUGACCUAUCUGUAACAACGAAUUAUACUGUUUGUAAUAGGCAGAUCCAUCAAGUCAAUGCAUGGCUCUGAGGCUUGUGUACGCAAAAAAAUAUUGGGUUUUUUUGACUCCGGGGUGAUCUAUUCAACACCUGGUCUACUGACCUCAGACAGGAUGAGCCUUUCUCAGAGGGGAAAAAGAGUUCUAGCUCAGGAGUUAGCAGGGCUCUUUGACAGAGCUUUAAACUAGUGUGGGAAGGGGAAUGGGAAAAUACCCGGCUGGCCAGUGAUGAACAGUGGGAAUGUGUCCCAAAACAGGAGGACAGAAGCACUACUGGGAUACCUCAAUCUGCUUCACAAGUGUUGGCUACAAAGUACCACAUGUGGAAAUAUUUCUAUACUAAUAAAUGAAG